AUGGCAGUCCAAGUAGUGCUCCCACCCUCCCACACCGCUGUUAUACAGGGUGAAGGGGGGUCUCUGAAAGCUGCUAGCGGCCUGCCGUUGCCGGAGCUAGGGCCCGGACACAUUCUUGUCAAGACAGCGGCUGUAGCGUUGAACCCUUGUGAUUUCAAGACUCCUGCAGCUUGCCCUACUCCUGGUUGCUAUGAUGGGUGCGAUUUUGCUGGAACCAUUGUUGCGCUGGGCUCAGAUGUCCAAGAAAAAGGCCCGUGGAAAAUAGGCGAUAGGGUUUUUGGUGCCGUCAAUGGCAGCAACCCUGCCGACCUGGAUUCUGGCUCAUAUUCUGAAUACAUCAAAGCUGUCAGCGUUUUCACAUAUCGCAUCCCCGACUGGAUGUCGUUUGAGGAGGCAGCUGGACUUAGUCCGUGCUGUAUAGCAACAAUGGGUGUUGCCAUAUUUCAAUCUCUGGAGCUUCCUGGCACAUUUGAGCAGCCGGCCGAGAAACCCCUCGACGUGCUUAUCUAUGGAGGAAGCACUUCUGUGGGCGGCCUAGGCAUCCAGAUGGCCAAACUUCUUGGCCAUCGAGUAAUUACCACUUGCUCUCCAAAAAAUUUCGACUUGGUAAAAUCGUAUGGUGCGGAUGAGGUAUUAGACUACAAAUCGCCCACCUGCGCUGCAGAUAUCAAGAAGCUUACGCGGAACUGCCUGAAAUACGCCAUCGACCCGUUUGGAGAAGUGAGAACAAUGUCGCUCUGUUUUGAUGCUCUGGGCCGUGCUGGUGGUCGCUACACGUCAUUGGAGCGCUUCCAGGAAGAUAUUUGCAACAAAAAGAGUGUGAAACGUGAGUUAGUUAUGGGUGCCAGCAUUAUUGGCUUUGGAAUCGACAUUGGUGGGCCAUAUGCAAAGCCAGAGAGCCCAGAAAUGAGGGCUUGGGGAGUUCAGUGGUACCAAAGCGUCCAACGACUGAUUGAUGCAAAGAAGAUUGUUCCGCAUCCAGUUCGUGUUAUUUCGGGGACUUUUGAUGCAAUUUUGGAGGGGUUGGAAAUGCUGAAGCGCAGAGAGAUUUCAGCCCAGAAACUUGUUGUCAAGUUCGUAUAA